CGGGUCGGGGAGGGGCGGUAAGGGAAGGGACAUGUGUCUGUGUGUGUGGAGGGGUGCUCCUUCGCUCCUGCUUUCCUGGGCUGGUGGGUUCCCUUUGUGGCCACCCGGGGCGACGUCUUAGGCAGUCGUGGUUCCUGAGAUCUGUGUCCUCUUUGCAGAAGUCCUGUGUCUAUCCAGCUCAUGUGCUGUGUGUGUCUGUAAAGCCUCAUUCCGUGCUAUCUGGCAGGGAGCUCCAUCUCAUCUCAUCAUCUCACGGCCCUGGCGCUGCCUCAGCAUGGCCAUCUCAUCACGCCUCGCCUUGUGGGAGCAGAAGAUUCGGGAAGAGGACAAGAGCCCUCCGCCGUCCUCGCCCCCUCCCCUUUUCUCUGUCAUCCCAGGGGGCUUCAUCAAGCAACUGGUCCGGGAGACUGAAAAAGAGGCCAAGGAAGCGAGACAGAGGAAACGGUCAGCUCUCGCCUCUCCAGAACGAGAGACCCCAGAAAUUCCCAGCAGCCAACCCAACAGCAAGUCCAGCAGUGGCAGCAGACCUGGAAGCCAGCAGAUCUCUCAGGAAGACCAGUCAAGCUCUCCCGGGAGCUCAAACAUUCUGGGCAAGGCGAGUGAGGGGGCCGGCAGCCCUGACCCUGAGCGGAUGACCAGCAUCAACGGUGAGAAGGCCCAGGAGCUGGGCUCCAGUGCAACACCAGCCAAAAAGACCCCCCCUUUCAAGAGGGGUGUGAGGAGGGGUGAUGUAUUGUUGAUGGUGGCCAAGCUGGACCCGGACUCAGCCAAGCCAGAGAGGACUCAUUCCCAUGACACCCCCUCUUGCAAAACCCCAUCCCCAGCCACAGACCCUGGAAGGGAAAAGAAAGGGGAGACCUCUAGGACUCCUUGUGGCCCCCAGGCCAGCACUGAGAUCUUGGCCCCAAAAGCUGAGAAGACCAGAACUGGGGGUCUUGGGGACCCAGGCCAAGGAACAGUGGCACUGAAAAAUGGUGAAAAGGGUCAAAGCAUUGUGGGGAAAGGGGGUGGGGCUCCCAAGACCAAAGAGCUGAAAGAGGGUGAGCUGCAGGGCAAAGACAGCCAGGGGACCAGGCCCCCAGCCCAAGGGCCCGGUGAGAGGGUGCGGGUGGGGACAGCAGAGAAGGACGGAGGGGAGCCCACAAACACGGUGGAGAAGGGGGAUGUCUCCAAGGACGUAGGGAGUGAAGGGAAGCACGUUGGGCCCCAAAUUCCAGGCAGAAAGUGGGGAGGUUUCCUGGGAAGAAGGAGUAAGUGGGAUGGUCCCCAGAAAAAGGACAAAGAAGAGGUGCUCUUAAGUAAGGGAGGGAAGACAGGUGAGCCUCAGACCCAGACGGAGAAGACAAGCCAAGUGCAGGGCAGGCCGGGGGAUGAUCCGAGAAAGGGAGAGAAAGCAGGUGAGCCUCGGAGCUCAACUGGGAGGGCAGGUGAGUCCCGGGAUGAGAAGGAAAAGAUGGGGCAAGCUCAGAGUAAGCCUGGGAAGGCAGGUGAAGCUCGGAAUCAGAUUAAGAAGGGCUGUGAAGACCCAAACGAGGUGGGCACGAUGGUGGAGCCGCCAGCAGCUGCGGGGAAGGGAGGCUGGCCAGGAAGCCGUGGGCAGGAAGUAGAGGAGCCCUGCUCAAGAGCAGAUCACGGGGCUGGUGCCCUGGAGACAGAGCUGGAAGGAUUUAGCCAGCCUCCUCUGGAGAAGGAUGCAGAAAGGCCUCAGAUACCAAAGGAUAACCAAGACGGGCUGGCCCCACAAGAGGCAGGCAAAGGAGGCCACAGCAGAGACGCAGACCAGGCUCCUGAGGACAGAUGGUAUGAGGCAGAGAAAGUCUGGCUGGCUCAGAAGGACGGAUUCACCCUUGCUACGGUGCUAAAGCCAGAUGAGGGAACAGCAGACUUGCCAGCAGGAAGGGUGAGACUUUGCAUCGAUGCUGACAAAACCGUCACUGAGGUGGAUGAGGAGCAUGUCCAUAGGGCCAACCCUCCUGAGCUGGACCAGGCCGAGGACCUGGCCUCUCUCAUCAGUGUCAACGAAUCCAGUGUCCUGAACACGCUUCUGCAGCGCCACAGGGCUCAGCUGCCACACACGUGCACGGGGCCUGAUCUGAUCGUCCUCCAGCCCCGGGGGCCCUCGGUGCCCUCCUCAGGGAAGGUGCCCAGGAGCCGCCGGGAUGGCCUGCCCGCCCACAUUGGCUCCAUGGCCCAGCGGGCAUACUGGGCGCUGCUCAACCAUUGGAGAGACCAGAGCAUUGUGGCGCUGGGCCGGAGUGGCGCUGGGAAGACCUCCUGCUGCGAGCAGGUCCUGGAGUACCUGGUGGGGAUGGCAGGCAGCCUGGAUGGCAGGGUCUCAGUGGAGAAGAUCCGAGCCACCUUCACCAUCCUCCGGGCCUUCGGCUCGGUGUCCGUGGCCCACAGCCGUAGCGCCACCCGGUUCGCCAUGGUGAUGUCACUGGACUUCAGCGCUACAGGCCGCAUCACGGCUGCUCAGCUCCAGACAAUGCUUUUGGAGAAGAGCCGAGUGGCCCGGCAGCCGGAAGGGGAAAGUAACUUCCAGGUUUUCUCCCAGAUGCUGGCUGGAUUGGACCUGGAUCUCAGGACGGAGCUGAACCUCCACCACGUGGCAGACAGCAGCUCCUUUGGCAUGGGCGCAUGGUCCAAGCCUGAAGAUAAGCAGAAGGCGGCGGCUGCCUUUGCCCAGCUCCGGGGUGCCAUGGAGACACUGGGCAUUUCAGAGAGCGAGCAGCGGGCCAUUUGGCGGGUCCUGGCGGCCAUCUACCACCUGGGCGCAGCGGGGGCCUGCAAAGUGGGUCGGAAGCAGUUCAUGAGGUUUGAGUGGGCAAAUUACGCAGCUGAGGCCCUGGGCUGUGAGUAUGAGGAGCUGAACACGGCCACCUUCAAGCACCACCUCCGACAGAUCAUCCAGCAAGUGACGUUUGGGCCAAGCCGAUGGGGCCUCGAGGACGAGGAAGCCAGCUCAGGGCUCAAGAUGACAGGCAUGGAGUGUGUGGAGGGGAUGGCCUCGGGCCUGUACCAGGAGCUCUUUGCGGCCAUCGUCUCGCUCAUCAACAGGUCCUUCUCCUCCCACCAUCUCUCCAUGGCCUCCAUUAUGGUGGUGGACUCUCCAGGCUUCCAGAACCCCCGGCACCAGGGCAAGGACCGGGCGGCCACCUUCGAGGAGCUGUGCCACAACUAUGCCCACGAGCGCCUGCAGCUGCUCUUCUACCAGCGGACCUUUGUCUCCACGCUGGAGCGAUAUCGAGAGGAAGGUGUUCCUGUGCAGUUUGACCUCCCAGACCCCUCCCCAGGGGCCACUGUGGCUGUCGUGGAUCAGAAUCCCUCUCAGGUCCGCUUACCAGCUGGAGGAGGUGCUCAAGAUGCCAGAGGCCUUUUCUGGGUCUUGGAUGAGGAAGUCCGAGUAGAGGGCUCCAGUGACAGUGUGGUGCUCGAGCGUCUGUGUGCCGCCUUCGAGAAGAAAGCAGCUGGGACGGAAGGGUCCUCUGCCCUGCGGGCCUGUGAGCAGCCCCUCCAGUGUGAGAUUUUCCACCAGCUGGGACGGGACCCUGUGCGCUACGACCUCACGGGCUGGCUCCACAGAGCCAAGCCCAACUUCUCAGCCCUGGAUGCACCCCAGAUCCUGCAGCAGUCAAAAAGGGAGGAGCUGCGGAGUCUAUUCCAGGCCCGGGUCAAGCUGCCUCCUGUGUGCCGGGCUGUGGCUGGUCUGGAGGGCACCUCCCAGCAGGCCCUGCAGAGGAGCCGCAUGGUGAGGAGGACAUUUGCUGGCAGCCUUGCCGCGGUGAGGAGGAAAGCCCCGUGCUCCCAGAUCAAGCUGCAGAUGGAUGCACUGAUCAGCAUGAUCAAAAGGUCCCAGCUGCACUUUAUCCACUGCCUGGUUCUGAGCCCUGUGGUGGAAAGCGGGAAUGGGCGGGAAUCUCCAACGCCACCACAGCCUGGUAGAGACAAGCCUGGGGCAGGUGGACCCCUGGCCCUGGAUAUCCCAGCACUGAGGGUCCAGCUUGCUGGAUUCCACAUCCUGGAGGCUCUGCGUCUGCACAGGACAGGCUAUGCUGACCACAUGGGGCUCACUCACUUCCGCCGGCAAUUCCAGGUGCUGGACCCUCCACUCCUGAAGAAGCUCAUGUCGACCUCCGAGGGAAUAGAUGAAAGGAAGGCUGUGGAGGAGCUCCUGGAGACCUUGGAUCUGGAAAAGAAGGCAGUGGCUGUGGGGCACAGCCAAGUUUUUCUCAAGGCAGGUGUGAUCUCCAGGCUUGAGAAGCAGCGAGAGAAGCUGGUCUCUCGGAGCAUCGUGCUCUUCCAGGCGGCUUGCAAGGGCUUUCUGUCUCGCCAGGAAUUCAAGAAGCUGAAGAUUCACCGACUGGCUGCGCAGUGCAUUCAGAAGAAUGUGGCCGUGUUCCUCGCAGUCAAGGACUGGCCAUGGUGGCAGCUCCUUGGAUCUCUCCGGCCCCUACUUAGUGCCACCAUCGGAAAUGAGCAGCUCCGAGCCAAGGAGGAGGAGCUUACAACGCUGAGACGGAAGCUAGAAAAAUCAGAGAAGUUGCGGAAUGAACUCCGGCAGAACACAGAUCUGCUAGAAAGCAAGAUUGCUGACUUGACCACUGAGCUGGCCGAUGAGCGCUUCAAAGGUGAUGUGGCGUGCCAGGUGCUGGAGAGUGAGCGGGCAGAGCGGUUACAGGCCUUCCGGGAGGUCCAGGAGCUCAAGAGCAAAUAUGAACAAGUCCAGAAAAAACUGGGAGACGUGAAUAAACAGCUGGAAGAAGCCCAGCAGAAAAUUCAGUUGAAUGACUUGGAAAGGAAUCCCACUGGAGGAGAUGAGUGGCAGAUGCGCUUUGAUUGUGCUCAGAUGGAGAACGACUUCCUCAGAAAGCGUGUGCAGCAAUGUGAGGAGAGGCUGGACUCAGAGCUAACAGCCAGGAAAGAGCUGGAGCAGAAGCUUGGGGAGCUGCAAAGCGCUUAUGAGGGGGCCAAGAAGAUGGCUCACCAACUGAAGAGGAAGUGCCACCAUCUUACCUGUGACCUGGAGGACACCCGUGUCCUGCUAGAGAACCAACAGAGUCGAAACCAUGAGCUGGAGAAGAAGCAGAAGAAGUUUGACCUGCAGCUGGCCCAGGCCCUAGGCGAGUCUGUGUUUGAGAAGGGUCUCCGUGAGAAAGUGACCCAGGAGAACACCAGUGUCCGGUGGGAGCUAGGCCAGCUGCAGCAGCAGUUGAAGCAAAAGGAGCAGGAAACCUUGCAGCUGAAGCAGGAGGUGGAGAUGCUACAGGACCAUAAACGGGAGCUGCUGGGAUCACCAUCUCUGGGGGAAAAUUGCGUUGCUAGCUUGAAGGAGAGACUCUGGAAGUUGGAAUCCAGUGCCAUUGAGCAGCAGAAAAUCCAGAGUCAGCAGGAAAGCACCAUAAAGCAGCUGGAGCAGCUCCGCCAGCGUUUCGAGCUGGAGAUCGAGCGAAUGAAGCAGAUGCACCAGAAGGACCGUGAGGACCAGGAGGAGGAACUGGAGGAUGUCCGUCAGUCCUGCCAGAAGCGGCUCCGUCAGCUAGAAAUGCAGCUGGAGCAAGAAUAUGAAGAGAAGCAGAUGGUCCUCCAUGAGAAGCAAGAUUUGGAAGGCUUGAUUGGAACCCUCUGUGACCAGAUUGGCCAUCGGGACUUUGACGUGGAGAAGCGACUUCGGAGAGACCUCAAGAGGACACAUGCACUGUUGUCAGACGUGCAGCUCCUUCUGGGCACCAUGGAGGAUGGCAAGACAUCAGUCAGCAAGGAGGAGCUGGAGAAAGUGCACAGCCAGCUGGAGCAAAGUGAAGCCAAGUGUGAGGAGGCCUUGAAGACCCAGAAGGUGCUCACGGCAGACCUGGAGAGCAUGCACAGCGAGCUGGAGAACAUGACACGGAACAAAAGCCUGGUGGAUGAGCAGCUGUACAGGCUGCAGUUUGAGAAGGCGGACCUCCUGAAGCGCAUUGAUGAGGACCAGGAUGACCUGAAUGAGCUGAUGCAGAAGCACAAGGACCUCAUUGCCCAGUCUGCUGCUGACAUUGGGCAGAUCCAAGAACUCCAGCUGCAGCUGGAGGAAGCCAAGAAGGAGAAGCAGAAGCUUCAAGAACAACUGCAGGUGGCUCAGAUGCGCAUUGAGCACCUGGAGCAGUCCACCGUGGAUCGAGCCAUCGUCAGCAGGCAGGAGGCAGUCAUCUGUGACCUGGAGAAUAAGACGGAGUUCCAGAAGGUGCAGAUUAAGAGAUUUGAGGUCCUGGUGAUCCGGCUUCGGGACAGCCUGAUCAAGAUGGGGGAGGAGCUUUCGCAGGCGGCCACAUCUGAGUCCCAGCAGCGGGAGAGCAGCCAAUACUACCAGCGGCGCCUGGAGGAGCUGAAGGCCGACAUGGAAGAGCUGAUGCAGCGCGAGGCGGAGGCCAGCCGGCGGUGCAUGGAGCUGGAGAAGUAUGUGGAGGAGCUUGCUGCAGUGAGGCAGACCCUCCAGACAGACCUGGAGACAUCCAUUCGGCGGAUUGCUGACCUGCAGGCAGCCUUGGAAGAAGUGGCAUCCAGUGACAGUGAUACUGAGAGUGUCCAGACAGCGGUGGAUUGUGGCAGCAGUGGCAGAAAAGAGAUGGAUAAUGUCUCCAUCCUCAGCUCCCAGCCAGAGGGCAGUCUGCAGUCCUGGUUGAGCUGUACUCUGUCCCUGGCCACAGAUACUAUGAGGACUCCCUCUCGACAGUCAGCCACCAGCAGCCACAUCCUCAGCCCCAGGAUAAACGAGGAGGCUGGGGAUGCUGAGAGGACCCAGCCGGUGUCGACACUGAGCAGAGGCUGGUGCACCGAUGUCCGCAGCAAGACCUCGGAAGACAAGCCUGUUUCUCCCCAUUUCGCCCGCCGGCAAAAGUACAGUCAUCUUGGGGACGGUGAAGGGCUCACCAUCCGGAGAAAGUCCACGGAGAGACUGGAAGCUGCAUCCUCUCCCCUGGCUUCUCGGAGUGCAAAUACAUCCCCGCUGUCCAGGGAAAAGCUGCCCAGUCCUUCAGCGGCCCUCUCGGAGUUCGUGGAAGGGCUCCGGAGGAAGAGAGCCCAGAGAGGCCACGGGUCCACGCUGGGCCUGGAGGACUGGCCCACUCUCCCCAUUUACCAGACUACUGGGGCUUCCACACUGAGGAGGGGCAGGGCUGGCAGUGACGAGGGAAACCUCUCUCUCAGGGCUGGGACGAAAUCACCCCUGGAGAUCGAAGGGGCUGCUGGUGGUCUCUUGAGGUCCACCAGCCUCAAAUGCAUCCCUUCAGAUGGCGUUGGGGGCACAACCCUGCUCCCUGAGAAGGCGAAGGCCCGAUUCAGUUCCUGUGAGUCCCUCUUAGAAUCCAGACCGAGCAUGGGGAGAAAACUGGGCUCCCCGACUGCACCCAGGGACACGCUGCUGUCGCCCGUACUGCGUCCUCGGAGGCGGUGUCUGGAGUCCUCUGUGGACGACGCAGCCGGUCCAGACCUCGGAAAGGAGCCGCUUGUUUUCCAGAACCGCCAGUUCGCCCACCUGAUGGAGGAACCUCUAGGCAGUGACCCGUUCAGCUGGAAACUCCCAAGCCUCAACUACGAACGCAAGACCAAAGUGGACUUCGACGACUUCCUCCCAGCCAUCCGGAAGCCCCAGGCGCCUGCAUCCUUGGCUGGAGCAGCCAAAGGUGGGCAAGGCGGUUCGCAGCGUUCAGGCGUCCACUUUGAGCCGGAGGAGGCUGACCGUACCUUUCUCUCAGGGAUCAAGACCAUUUUGAAAGAGAGCCCAGAGCCCAAGGAGGAUCCUGCUCACCUGUCCGACUCGUCCUCGUCCUCCAGCUCCAUCGUGUCCUUCAAAAGUGCCGACAGCAUCAAAAGUCGACCAGGAAUCCCACGACUUGCGGGUGACGGUGAUGAGCGAACGUCCCCCGAGCUCAGAGAGCCUGGGACAGGGAGGAAAGACGAUGACGUUGCAAGCAUAAUGAAAAAAUAUCUCCAGAAGUAGGAACCAGUUCAGCCUCCUGAGAUGCAUUCACCCUUGACGACUUCCUGACUCUACAAUAACUUGGAGACAGAGAGACUGACCAGGCCUCCCCAGUGGCUCUCUGUCCAGAGCCAGCCAGCACGGGCACCCUCAAGAGGCGAGACGGGCCCACAGAGGCAUAUCCUGCGGGGGUGCUGGGCUCCCAGUGUGCUUAGCCUGAACAAAAUAAAGUGUUGACUCCUGGGCAUCUGUGCCUUCUC